AUGACCAGCGCUCAAAAUGCGAUCACCCUUCCUGAUGAUGGCAUCACUCGAACCAACCUCGGUGACGACUCUAUUCUGGAGUAUGGGUAUACAACCGCGCCUGGUGCCACCAUGCUGUUUGAGGUCUGGAAAAAGAUGCCAUCAAGCGGCAUUGCCAACAAGGCCAACAAUGGUUCCUUCAACGUCUUUGCGGCUUGGCGCGUAAGGCAGGGCGAACCUGUUGGACAGGCCAGCUUGAAACUUUUCAGCGUGACCAAGGACGAUGCAGGACAGUACCAGCUCUCUACCACCUUCAGCGAUGGAACCUCAGACAGCAAAGAGAGAACCCUGAUCGUGCAGUUUGCUCCAGAGGACACGACAGUCACAGCCGCCCCUGGCCUGAUAGCUAAGGAAGGUGACGCCCAGGUGGUGCUCACCUGUCAGUCAGGUGGCAUCCCCGCACCUACCUACACCUGGACUGGCGACAACCUGCCUGCUGAUGCCGCCCAGGAUCCAAACACGGGAACCCUGACCAUCACCAACAUCCAGAGGAGCGCGGCAGGCCAGUACACCUGCACAGCUGACAACGGAGUUCCGCAGCUGCCUGGAGACAACCCUACAGCACUCACCAACAGUGUCAACGUUCAGGUCCAGUAUGGCCCAAGUGCCGCCACCAUCACAAGGGACCCAGCAGACAAGGUUGUGCAGUGGAGCACUGUCAUCCUCAGCUGUGCUGUGGACACCGCCAACCCUCCUGCCACUUACACCUGGACCAGAGUCAACGGGACCCUCCCCACCAACACAGACGUGGACGUGGUCGCUGGCACGCUGAGGCUGAAGUCUAUCCAGCCCGAUGCUGUCGGAACCUACCAGUGUUCUGCCUCCAACCGCAUCGGAGACCCUGCCAUCGCCACUCACGUCAUCGAUGAAGUGGAAGAAGGGACAGGCCAGUACUACAGGCGGAACUACCUUGAUCAGACGGAUAAAAUAGUGCUCGGAGGUGUGGUUGCUGUGCUGGUGUUUGUGAUCCUGGUCGCUGCCUUCAUGCUCGGCCGCUACCUGGCACGUCACAAGGGCGACUACAAGACCAACGAGGAGAAGGGCGAUGGAGAAGAUGCCGACACCGCGCUCCAAAAUGGCGACCCCAACCACCCAGCCGUCAAGAAGAACAAGGAGUGGUUCAUUUAAACAACUCUCAAAAACCCCCCCUCUUGUUUCUUUCUUUAGGACAGUGGCUCUGUCUCUUAGUGUACUCACCAAUUUCAUAGUAACUUUGGAACACUGUACCACUCACAUACAGAUGUGUUUGUUUCAAUGGGCUGCCUUAUCUGCUUUUGUCUCUACACAUUCCUGCUCUUUGUAUCAUCUCACAUUCCUCCAGCUAAUACAUGAGGGAGGGGGGGCAGCCAUUCUUAAAUCAGUAGACUCAUACUUUCCAUAUUAGCUCGUCAUGCAUAGUUUUGUGUAAUUUCUAGAUCAAGACUUAAAACAGAGCACUGACUUAAGUGUUGAUUGUGAUUGAAGACUGUUAAGUGAUGUGUUUGCUGGUGAUAACUGGUUGAAGUAAAGAAAGCUGACCUCAUCACAUUUGAGAUUUCCUGUGAUGACUUUUCAAGGAUUGCUAUUGAAGUGUGUGUAAACAUGUGCCUACUCAACUCUCAGGCAACUGUAUAUGAUCAACACCCCACGUUAUAACUGAACAUAUGUUCUUUACUGCUUAGAUGUUACUGUUCGAUCCUGCAAAAGUAUACAGCUGUCUUUACUUUGACCAGUUAUACUGCAUGAUGUUUUGCUAUAGUUUAAGUCACAUUUGAAGAGGAUGGUGUAAGGUUUGGUGUGUUUUAGAAGGAUUGCUUGAUUUUUAACGUUUUUAAACAGAUUUUGAUCAGAGUAUGUGUUAGAUCGUGAAUUCUGUAAAAGGAUUUUGUUCCGUUGCACUUUCUCUUUUUUUAUCACUUUCUUCUAACUGCCAAAAUUUAGCCUGUACUCCUUGCCAGUGAUUUUGUGAAAAUUACCACUUAUGAUUAGGCUGUAAGAAGUGGAGGAGCAGAAGUUUUAUUUUUGUACUGUUUGGGAGGGGAGGAGUGUGGCUUACCGGUUUCCUGUACAAAUGUAUAUAACCUCGGUGCCCACACGUAACCCUCCACAAGCAAGAAUUAUUGUCAGCAUCACUCGGUGUAAAAGGUUUUGGAGUACGGAUUUGUUGUAUCUCUUUAAUAGCAGCAUUUUGGUAAAAAUAUGUGCUUUCAGGAAAAUAUGGAUUUUUGUAUGAUAGAGUAGGCGGUAAGGCAACUAUGAUAAGGAACUCUUCUCUAUUUGCCUGUUGUGUUGAUUUCUUAAAGCAAUAACCACGAGACUUAGAUCUGUAGUACCCUUCAGGACUGCUAGAGGGAGCUGAACAGAACAGUCUGGAAAUUCUUGUUAUUCAACAGAAUAGUUGUGCUUCAGAAUUGUGUUCAUCAGAAAGCAUCUCUACUGCUGCAUAUUGUUUAGGUUGUUUUCAAUGUAUAAAAGAUGUUGUUUUGCCAAAGGCAACAUAUCUUUAUAUAAUAACUUUCCCAAAUGAAGACAAUUGCACAGCUCCAAGAGUGAAGAUCAUGUAUUUGUGACAUCACGUGAUUGUAACAUCUAACAGGUCAAAUUCUGUCUUGGGUGAUUUCUUGCUGUAACUAUCCAAUUAUGAAAACUCCUUGGUGUGUAAUGGUUGUUAAAUUUUUCUCUAUUUUGCUGCUGCAUCAAAAAACGUAGUGUAGAUGUUGGAUUCUGUUUGUGUUAUGUAUGUACCAGUAGUUUUAGAUCCUGUAUUUUGCAAGUUUGUAGAUAAUUCAGCUUGACUGCAAAUUUUUGAAGAAGAUGAUGUAAAUAGUUCUAGAAAUGCAAGAUGGAAGAUGUUUAUUGGCCUUUUGUUGUCAGGACAGCAAACUUCAUCGCUAGGUGCUGUUGUUUUUCUCAGAUUAUUACCCUAUGAAGUAAACCCUGUCAUAAAGACGGCAAACGAAAGCCAUCUUCCGAAGAGAAAGAAGUUCUUCAUGUGUGAUUUUUCUACAUUCCAAAGUGGAAUUCCUUCUGUAGCUAUCUCACGUGAAAGUAGCCGUUUCCAAGUCUGUACGAAGGGAAAAGUUCUCCACGUGCUUUCUUUCGACUGUGAAGUUAUGAUAGUCCUUCAAUCGUGCAGGAAAGUAUUGGUCACCUGUUUAAAUAUUUGCAGGGAAUCCUCCAUGCCUUUACUGUCACUGUAUAAAGUAGACACUCUCUCAUGACAUCCAUGUUGUGUUUGUGCUUUGCUGAUUACAACCAGGUGCUAUGUUUGAUUUUUCUUGACAUUUCUGGGAAGAUUUAAACAGGUCUGAUUAUUACUUUCUUAAAAUAUUUCACAUCUGUAUGAAGGCUACCAAUAUUGUACAGGUCUUUAAAGUUUCAAAGCCAACAACGCUUGUAUGUUUGUGUGUUGGUUAUUGAAGCUGGUGCCCAUUGCUAUGUACCAAUCAACGACUAUCAGAGAUAAUGCUGUACUUUUGAAAAGAGCAUGAUCAUUUCUGUGCGUAUGAAAGCGUUGUAGCCCUGCACAUGAAAUUUCUAAUGGAGACUUUCCCUCAUAAUCACUUUUCUAUUAAAUUUC